UGGUGGCGGUGAGGGGGAGUGGCGGGGAACCAGGGAUACCCGCUAUUCGCGGGGACACGGGAGGGGGGUCAGAAAGUCAACACACGCGCACGCACACACACACACACACACACGGACACACAAAGAGGAGAGAGAGGUAAAAAGAGAGCAAGCGAAAGAUGGAUGAAGUGUGGGGGGGAGAAGAUCAGAGCAGGACCAGGGGACCUCCUCACCCCACAGUGCGGGACCGGGCCAGCACGCAGUGGCCCAGCAGCCCGCGCUAUCCAGCGGCCCAGCGCCCUCCUUUCUCUGGGCCGCGAGGUGGUGACAGCGACCGGCCUCCUCCCUUCCCCUUCAGGGCGGGAGGGAAGGGUGUGUGUGAGUGUGUGUGUGCGUGUGUGUGCUGGGGGGCCCCCGGGUUCACCCCGAGGCCUGCUCUCUCCCCCGCACCCCGUGAGGCCGCCUCCUUUCACCUCAGCAGCCCCGCUCCGCCGGGGCGGGCGGGCGGGCGGAAAAACAAAGGGGGAUUAAGGCCGGGCCGGAGAGCGGAGCCGGGAGGGAGGGGAGGAGCGCCCGCCCGCCCGCCCGCCAGCCCGGGGCCCGGCCCCCCUGUCCCCCCCGUGCCCCCCCGGGGGGGCCCCCAGUACCUGGAACAGGAACGCGGUCCAGUUGGCCUCCAUGGCUGCGGCGGCCGACCCCCCUCCUCCCCACUCCCCCCGCUAGGGGAGCCUCCUCAGCCGGAGGAGGCGACAACAAAGCGGCGGCGGCGGCGGCGGCAGCGGCAGCGGCGGCUCCUCAACAUGGCAGCGCCGAGCGCGGCCACUUCCGAACAAAAAUCGAACUUCUGGUUGGACAGCGUCAGGAGAUGUCACUGAGGUGACCCCAGCCUCUGUUUGCAGUUCCAAGUCUUCCUUGUAGGCGUCACUGCUACUGGAACUUUGUAGAUGAGGAGCCUGUAUGAUGAUGUCCUGAACAUUUCUAUCCUUUCCUCACACAGAGGUAGCUACUGGGAAUAUCAGAGACAAGCUAUUGUUAAACAAGUGUCUCUAGUCCAAGACAUCGCCUGUGGCAGGGAAAUGAGGGGGCAGGCUGUAUCAGUGAUAUUUCUGUAAACUCUGGUUUUAGAAAAAAAUUCUUCAGAUGGACACAUUAAGACUUCAACAGUUUCCAAAACCAACUGACUCUUAUCCCCUCCGUUUAUCCCCCUCCAGACACUUCAAAUCAAGGUCACCAUCUCCAAAACUUCCCCCAUACAUACACAAUAAAAAUGUGGCUGCAAAAUUCUACCAAUGGAAAACCAAGUAGAUAUAGUAAUUUGACUGUGUUUUUUCUUUCUAUCAACUAGACAAGUAUACCCCCUCCCAUUCUUUCCUCCCCUCAGUCACCAGAAUGAAGGGGGUGGAAAACGUUCGUCUGGUUCCUUUUAGAGCUGAUUUCCCAUUGGAUACUGCCUGGAGGCCUUGGGGAUGAGUGAGAAGUUCUGCAGUUUGGAUCAGUAGCAGAAGCAGGUAACACAUCAGAACUCAGCCUAAGACAGGAGGGGACAGAAAAUGAUGAAAGA